GUCAACAGAAAAAGACAUCAUUCAAUUCAAUUACAAGCUAUUUGUGAUGCUCGAUGUAAAUUUAUUCAUUGUUAUGCUGGAAUAGUUGGUUCUGUACAUGACGCACGGGUAUUACGUCUGUCAGAAGUGAAUGAUUACCUCAACGAUGAACAUAAAUUCCCGAACGAAUCUCAUUUAGUCGGCGAUGCAGCUUACCCUCUUCACAAACAUUUACUUACACCAUAUCGAGAUAAUGGGCACUUAUCAGCAAGACAAAAAAAUUAUAAUUUUUGUCAUUCAUCUGCACGUAUAGCAAUUGAACGUGCAUUUGGAUUACUUAAAAAAAAGAUUUCGCAAAUAGAAGCUCAGCUGUUUUCAGAAGGAGAUACAGUCAAAACCCUUGGCCUCGCAUGGAAUCCUUCACAGGAUUCUCUUAAGAACUCACAUAUUAAGGUUUCGGUUGCGGAGGCCCAGCAGAUUGUUGACACCAAGCGGUCUGUGCUAUCAACUAUAGCACAGAUCUAUGAUCCAAUUGGGCUCAUAUCUCCGGUUACCGUUACAGCCAAGUUAAUUAUGCAGGAGUUGUGGAGGCAUAAUCUGGAAUGGGACGAAGCAUUGUCGCGAGAACUGCAAGUUAGGUAG